AUGGAGGGCUCAUUUGGAGUGAGAAAGGGUGCAUGGACUGUAGAAGAAGAUAACAUCUUAAGGAGGUGCAUUGAAAGAUAUGGUGAAGGAAGAUGGCAUCAAGUCCCUCUAAGAGCAGGGUUGAAUAGAUGCAGGAAAAGCUGUAGAUUGAGGUGGUUGAACUACCUGAAGCCAAAUAUCAAGAGAGGAGAAUUCUCAGUCGAUGAGAUGGAUCUCAUUCUGCGGCUUCAUAAGCUUCUUGGUAACAGGUGGUCGCUAAUUGCAGGGAGACUCCCCGGAAGAACAGCGAACGAUGUCAAGAACUACUGGAACACCAACAUGCGCAAGAAGCCUUGCGAGGAGCAGAAAAAAUCAAAACCAAAGGUGCAGCAUCCUAAUAGUAAUAUUAUUGAAUCGAAAACUACGGUAAUAAGACCUCGCCCUUGGACCUUCUCCAACAACUCUUGGUCAUUUCCCUUAAUCACCAGGGCCACAACUACAACAAUGAUAGCUGACAACAAUCUGAACAGUCCAAAAAGUACGGAACACAAUGUCGACGUAUGUGGGUCAUCCAGUGGUAGAGCAAGGGUAGAAGCAUCGGUGGCGGUGCAUGAACCAAACACCAACAAGAUCUUCUUGUUAAAUAAUGAUGAUGCCGACAGGGACUGGACCGACUCUUUACUAAACAGUGAGUUUCCUUUCACAGACUUAUGGGCUGAAAAGUCAGUACUGAUGGAGUUGCAGGAUAAUUUCAUGAGUGAUUUCGGUUUCGAUGUCGACUUUUGGAAUCUUUUUGGUACAGAUCAAGCUGCUCCUCAAGCAAUCUUAUGA